AUGCAGCACGAGAAGGAACAGCUUAUCCAAUCCCUCCGCUCCCACCGUAUCAAUACCCUUAUGGAGCUACGCCGGAUAGAGAAGACGCUCGUACCAUCCGGAAGCUCAGAUAUUUAUGAACCUCUGGCCACGGCAUGGCUAUACUACGUCAACUCGAAUAACCUCCUUAGCGAACUGCGAAGCCUUACCAAAGACUAUCCAUUUAGUUCAGAAUGUCUAGACGAGGCCAAAGCUCUAGUCAUCCAGGAUCCGGCAAGUUCGCGGAGUUGGAACUACUGCUGGCUAGUCCUGCAGAAGAUUCAAGACCAGUAA